AUGGGUAAAAAAGGUAAAGGUAAAGGCAAUAAAUUGGCCAAAAUGUCCGAGGAGGAGCGGGCACGUUACCUUCAAAUGCGAGCCGACAUGGAGGAGGAGACGAGACGUAGGAAAAUGCAAUUAAUAUCAAUGUAUAUGAAGAACAAACUAAAACGAGAAGAUGCCUUUGGCCGCCUUAAUAUGGCCAAAAUCAAUCAGGAAUGGCGUAGCAUAUUGCGCCAGGUGAAAAUUCAAGAUCUGCGACGUGAAAUCGUAGAUGUAGAGUCAUUUUUCAAGGAGGCCCUCAAACGUAAGGACUCCAUUAUACAAAGACUUAUGGGUCACAUAGAAUCCACUGAGGAUAUGUAUGCCAAUUUGCAGCAAUCGCAUAUGGAGAAUGUUAAUCAGAUAUUGGAUACCCACAAACAGCGCAUAGAAUUCUUUAGACAAAUCUAUGAGGAUGAUAAACAGGCUGUACUCAGUGAAUGGACAGCAGAUUCAGCCAAUUUUCGUGAGUUGCAUGCCCAAAAGCAACAUCAAUUGGAAUGUGUUUUCUAUCAGCUGGAAGAGCAUACAGAUCGCGAUGUCAAAGAUAAUCAUGAACGUUUUCUGGAUCGUUGUGAGGAUCUAAAAAGUGGGAUGCAAUUGCAGUUGGAACAAAUUACCAGCCGUGGCGAGGCAAAAUUGGAAAAACUUUGGCAGGAAUAUCAAACAGUUCUUGCCGGCUAUUGCAAGCACAUUGAAGGCUUCUAUUCCGAAUAUGUGGAUCUCAAGCAACGUGAUGAAGAAUCAGCAGUUCAGAUCAGACAGCAGAGCUAUGAUAUUGAGCACUUGAUAAAUCAAUUGGCUAAUUUGCGCCUGGUAUCGGAAGAUUUCUACCAGAAGCAACAAUCUCAAGUGGAGCAGAGGCAACUUAUCAAGCAGCAAUUGACGGAAAGGCUUAGGGAAUUGCGAUCUUGUGUGGACAUGGAAUCGGGUAAUGAUCAUCAGAAAUUCAAAAUGAUGUCAGUGGAAAGUUAUGAUGCCAUUGAAAAGUUAAAGGAACAUGUCGCCAAGGGUGAAAUAUUGAUGCAAUUAUCACAGGUUUGCAAUAAAAUGGAAACCCAGAGAGAAAAAAUGUUUCUUCUGCCCGAAUUGUCGCGGGAGAUAAUCGAAAUACGAGAGAUGGAACCGGACAAGGAUUUGCUGAAAGAUGAAAUUUCCAUAGUACCACAAAUGGAAACCUUUUGGCGUCGUGUCAAUCAUGUGGCCGUCGAUGUGGCCUGCCUCAAGCAGCAAAAGAAGCGUUUAGAGGUGGCCAAUAGUCAAUUAAAAGCUGAACUUCAAGAAUAUUUAGUUAAUCUGAAUAUAAGCAAUGGUUCCAACAGUCAUAUACACGAUUAUCUAUCCAGGCGACCCAAAAGCAUGUCUGUGGAUCGUGUCUCUCGUCUUCAGUUGCAGCCGAAAAUGGUCAAAAGUGCCUUGCCCAUGGGACGACGUGCUCCCUCAGUGCUGCCACCUAAAACCAAGCCAGCUUUUGAGUUAACAAGAUCUCGCAAUCUACUUCGAAGUCGUCCCCAGUUGGCCAGAAUUGAAAUGUAA